GGCGGGUGUGCUACUCGGUCAAUCUUAGACGGAAACGAAAAUGAGGUGACAAGUGCCAUGUCUUAUUAUUUUACCAUCAUCGGCACUAAAGACAACCCGCUCUUCGAGCUCGAGUUUGGCACCUCGAAAGUCGGCGGCGAUGGAAUUGCGCGCUUCCGCGACGAGGCGAGAUACAUGAAUCAAUUUAUCGUGCACGCAGCUCUUGACAUCGUUGAAGAAGUGCAAUGGGGUACCAAGGAGCAGUAUCUCAGAAGGGUCGACACCUUCCAAAACAAUCAUGUCCACUGCUUCCUGACUGGCGGCAAUAUGAAGUUCAUGCUGCUCAUGAACCCGGAUCCUAGUAAUACCACAUAUUCCGCAUACCAGACAAGUCCACCAUCGAGACCUUCGACAGGUCGUCAGAGUACGAUUUUGCUCGCAGCGAACCCCACCAGUCAACAGACCGAGGAUGCCGUGAGACAAUUCAUGGCUGAAGUCUACGAAGCCUGGAUCAAGUGUCUCAUGAACCCGUUCUAUCUGAUCAAUCAGCCAGUACGGAGUCCCAUUUUCCGUGGUCGCGUAUCAGCUGCAGCCAAGAAGUAUCUAUAAACGACUAGGGCCUGGACGGGAGCUCUCUGGUCCAAAUAUUACCUAUAGUGGUUUCUGGUGUGGACUAUGCACACAGCGAGCUCGAAAGGAGCAACUCCGCCAGGAACCCGGCAACCCUGGCGAGAGAACAGCAGGGUAGCUUGAACGUGAAGUGGCGUCCUCGUGCUCUUCAGCUGUAGAGAUGAUGAACAUGCUCAUAACGCUGUAGCGGAAUCUCACCCGUCGAAUGAGGAUAUCGAACAGCCCAGCGAA